AUGAAAUACCCCAAACUACCAUCCCUCUUCCAGUCCAGAUCACGGACGGAAACCAUGGGCUCGUCCCACUCCACCUCUUCCUCGACCUCACCCUCGUCGUCCUCGCCAAGCGCGAAAACGACGUCGUCGCUGCAUCGACGCGACUGCCCGGUCAGCGCGAGAGUGCCGGUCCUCCCCAUUACAUGCAUCCGCUCGGAAGAAGACCGCGGACGAUCGCUCUCCCCCAGGAGGACGACCUCCACCGACGAGCGCGUGUCGAGCGAGCAACCGAUCCGCGGCGGGUUCCCGUACUACGAGGAAGUGGGGAAAGGAGCUGAGCACGAAAGGAGAUCAGGGGAGAAGAAGAGGAGGAGGAGAUUUAGACGGAGUUUGGGCGCGCGAUAA